UUCAACGUUUGGCGUUUUGCGUUUGGAAUGAAAUAACAAUUGGGCCAGGCCCAUAUAUAGUCAGCGUCAUCAGUUACAAUUACAUUUCUUCCCUCAGCCCAAUUGACAUAACCGGCUCGAGCUGAAUCGUAGAUCAGACCGGAAAGUGAUAAUGGUUUCCGACGGAAGCGAGCGCCUGAAGCUCAACGUCGGCGGCGAAAUCUUCGAAACCACGGCAUCCACCAUUCAAUCAACCUGCCCAGACUCUCUCCUUGCUGCUCUCUCAACACCAACCUCUCACGGAUCGAACCCCGUCUUCAUCGAUCGCGACCCGGAGCUUUUCUCCGUCAUCCUCAACCUCCUCCGAACCGGACGUCUCCCAGCUAACUCCUCCUCCGUCUUCUCCAAGCAAGAGCUACUCGAUGAAGCUCUUUAUUACGGCGUCGAGUCACUCCUCCGGUCGGCGAUGCUGCCUCCGCCGCUGCUUGGUUUCGACGCUUCUCUAGCUUCCACCAUCACGCCGGCGACCGACGGAGUUCCGUCAGCUUUCACCGCAACCGCCGGAGACGCUUCUUUAUGGAUCGCGCACGGCGGACAGAUCUCCGUCUACGAUUGGAGCCUCUCCCACGCCGUAACCGUCCGCACGCAUCUCAGUGACGUCACGUCGAUCUGCCGCGUGUGGGACGAGGCGGCGGCGAUCGGAUCCGGAUCCGCGUCGGGGCUUCACUUCUACGAUCUCUCGAGCGGACGUUACGUCGGAUCCACGCACUGGACUGAUCCGGAAGAUCCGAGGAUCCACAAGGCGCGAGUCGCCGCCGUCGCGGAUUCUCCCGGCGGAGUGUUCGCAUCGUUUGAUUGCUUGCAUAGAGAGAACAGCGUUCUCCAGAUCGAUAAAUCCACUCUCCAAGUCGCCGCCGUCAUCGGCCAGCAAUCCGGAAGCUCAGCUAAAACCGCCGUACCGGAGAAGCUCCGGUGGAUCCCUGAUAACGGUCUUUUAGUCGGAUCCGCCGUUCACCGAGGAGUGUUCGGAUGCUCCGGGUACAUCCGGAUCUGGGACCCGAGAUCCAGGGCCAUUGUGUGGGAGACAAGCGAGCCAGGCUCGGGACGAAGCAGCAGGUUCGGAGACGCGUUAGCUGACGUGGACGUGGACGUUGAAGAGUCAACUCUCUUCAAGGUGUGUUCUAAGUCAGGUGAUCUCGGAAUGGCAGACCUUCGUAAAUUAGGCGAAGAUCCGUGGGUAUACGUGUCAGAUGAUAAUCCUGGCGCGUGGAGUGCAGACGACGGAGAGAGAAGCGGCGGUUACAGCGUCGUGCAUUGUUAUAGAAAGCAAGUGUUGGCCGCGAGAGGUGGGGCGUUGGAGGUGUGGUCGAGUGUUGAGGGGAAGACGAGUGGUGGUCUGAUUCGUAGAAGGAACUUUGUAGACAAGGAAGAAGACUCGAAGAGAAGGAUGGUUUCUAAAGUUGAAGCAGGAGGUGAUAGGUUGUUUGUUUCUCGGGAAUAUAUGGAAGGUGUUGAGGUCUGGGAGAGUUCUAACUCCUCGAGUAUGAUAGAAAUGUGAUCAAGCGGCUCUGUAGUGUCAUAUUCUCUUACCUUUUCAGGAAAAUGUUUUGUUUCUUGGGAGAACAGUUGAACAUACUGUAAUGAAGAACAGGAAGAUUCAAACUUCGCUGUUGUCACAUUCACCAGGAUUCACAGAGUUUUUCUCAUUGUAAGGUUAUGGUUGUAGUUGAUAACUGAUAAGAAACUAGGUUAGGUUCUAGUUGAGUGGGAAAAUCAAGUUCGAAAACAAUAAAGUGAAAUGCAGGCUCUGCUGUGGAUAAAAGUCUACUCAUAGUCAUAGAAGCCCUUUGUGGUGGAUUUGAUAGAAAGAAAAGAAAACAUCUUCAUCAAUUCAUUGUAUUUAAUUGAUCUAUAUCUCCAUGAUUAUUACGUUAGACUUCAAAAGUCAAUAUUAUGUUAGCAUAAUGAAUU